AUGUCUGACAAUGAAUACCCUACAGUGUUACCGGAAUGGUCUCCGAAGUACCUGCGAUUCUACGGUCAAAUUAAUGGGGCAGGUACCCAUAAGCAGAAGUUUCAGCCAAAUAGCUACUACAGUCUAAUGGAGGAUCAUUUGUUUGACAUGGUCGAUGAGUUGAAAACUACCACCACAGAAAUUGAUGCUUCAAAUGAUGAUGGAGUCAAUGGCUAUGUAAUGGGCUCAAAACCUGCCGGUAAAGGCCAAUUCAGCUAUGUUUAUAGAGCCCGGAAGCAUAAUAGAAUGUACUCGAUUAAAAUGAUACCAAAGAAGCCUCUGAAUUCUCAACAGUACUCGAUGAAUCAGGUGCUAAGGCAAAUACAAACAUGGAGACUGAAGGGCUUUUUACCUGAAUCGAAACCUAAAACCGAUAUUAAAUCAGAAAGCGACAACUCUUCUGGAGACAUGAUUUCUCCCAGUUUGGAUAUAACGGCUGAUGAGACUAUAAUGAUGAUGAAUUUGCAAAAAUGCCGAAGGGAAAUAUUCAUACUAUCUAAACUAUCAAAGAUGGAAGGUAAAGGACACCAAAAUUUAAUAAAGAUGUUUGAAGUACUGGACUCAGCAAAAUCAUCCUCCAUUUAUUUAAUAGGAGAUUGGUGCAAUUUGGGGGAACUAAAAUGGAGAAGAGAUAAUUUGAAUGAGGUACAUGCACAAUGGCUGAAUAUUGAUAAAAACAUUUCGGUCGAAGAGUUUUCAUUGAGAGCUCUGAGAGAGCUGACAGAUGGAUUGAAAUUUAUGAAGAUUAAUGGUUGUAUACAUAGAGACUUAAAACCUUCCAAUAUAUUGCUGGACAGUGUAAGUGGACGUUUUAAGAUCUCAGAUUUUGGAUGCUGUAUUAUUGAUCCAAAGCACAUGAGUUUUAUAGAUGACUCUAGCGAUCGUAGUGUUGAGAGACUCUUCAAUUCAGAACUAAACAAAAUUGUUGGAACGCCAGCGUUUACCGCUCCUGAACUUUGUAAUUUUAAACAAAUAAAUGAAAAUACCAACACAACCUCAAAUACUAUUGUGGAUGGUUUCAAGCUGGAUGUUUGGUCAUUAGGAGUGACAAUAUUCUGUCUGUUGAAUAAUGAAUUGCCAUUUUUUGGAGAGAACGAGUUUGAUACCUAUAAUCAAAUAACUGAAAAAUCGUUAGAGGAUUAUUACGAUGUCUGUCCUCUCAAUAAAUUUGUGAUAGAUAGGCUCCUUGCUAAAGAUCCGAAGACAAGAAUAGAUAUAUUUGAAAUAGAAAAAGUGCUACAAAAAUAUAUGGUAUCCAAAACUAAAAAGAAAUCUGGAUUCUCGAAAAUGUGGAAGAAGAUAUUUAAGAAGAAGGGGACUAAGGAACCAACGCUUCGGAGUAAUGAUAAGCCACAGUAUUCAUAUAACAAUGUAGAAGUCAUGAACGCGCCAUCGGGUCAAAUGUCAAUAGAAACCCGAUCUGAAUCUAGUUCAUCUUUUGAGGAACCUGUCCCGAUAACCGAUUUUCUGGAUACUUAUGAGGCCGGGGAUCCAUUAUAUACAGAAAAGAUGAAAUCGCCUGAAAAGCAUGUACAGUUACCUUCCACUGCAUCUCCAUCGCCUAUAAAAAUACCGACACCUAUCAAGGCAUUAAUUCGAAUUAAGGAUUCUCCAGAGAAAAAAGAGCCAUUGCAAGAAACACCUACAAAGAAAAAGAGUACAAAUAGAAUGAGAUCUUCUAAGGAAAUAGUCGACUUCAAACAAUAUAUGGAUAAGCCGUUCAAUAGUUCAAUAUCCAACGAUACAGUUAGAAACAUAAACUCGUAUUUAGAAUCAGAUUCAGCUGAGGUCUAA